AUGGACAAUAGCAUACCUAUUUCUAAGCGUCUGUGGCUUUUGAGAGACAAAGCUCACGCAUGGUUCAAGGUUGACACCCGCCCUUCCGAAAUAGUCCCUGUACUAAGAAGGGCAAUGCUAUCUCGAGACAACAUUGUUACUGGUGGGCAUUUCUGCUCGUGGAACCCACCAGGAGACACAGCCAUGAUCUUUCCAGUACUUCCAAAGCCCUCGCAACAGUCAAUCCAGCGAAACUGGCUCCCAGAAACGUUGUGUUCGGUUCCAUACUCACACAACCUUGAUGUAUUUAUGGACCCAGCACAGAACCUGAUCGCUGUUGCCUAUGUUGUUGAUCACAAGACAGUCUAUAUUAACCUUGGAGCCCUGGAUGGUGAUCGUGUUCACCCUCAGGCUGCUGGAGAGAGGCUUCUGUCAGACGAUUCAGAAAACCGCUUUGGAACGUCAAUUGCAAAGCUCAAAGGUUUUGGGAGGCAUAUCGCUUUGUUGUGUCGCUGGGACAAUGAAUAUCAGAUUUCGUUGGUCCUGGUGUGGCAGCUGCAGAUUUGGGACUGGAAAUACUCGACAACAUCCAGUAGCGUCCUCAGUGGUGCAGUACUCAACAGAUCCCCCUUUCCAGUUGAUUUUUGUUUCCUUGGGAACAAUUGA